CCAGAUCCACGGAGAAAGAAUGCGCCUGGACGGUUCCUCGCGGGUCACUGGCAGUCAUGUGACUGUGCCAUGUCGGUAUGGAGUCCUGUUGCGGCUCCGGUGCACCGACAGAUCGUCUGACCGGCUCGAUGUGUCCGGGAGAGGCUACAAACCAGGAAUAAAGGUCGACCACGUGACUCGGCGUGACUUCCGAACAACAACUUCCCUCCAACCACCCGCGAGUGGUCGCUCUGAAGUGUCGGUGUUCCAACAGAGGAGUUGUUUGUUUACAGCGUUCCCGCCGCACAACAGAUCCUUGUUGACUUAAGGAUACCCGGUAAGUUACUGACACGUCUCGGGCGAAAUUGUUUUUAGAAACGCCGUUUACCUGCCUAGUGUGACCAACAUGCCACAGGCUUCACGGAGAAGUGAAACUGACACUGGUCUGUUUGAGUUUGUGUUGUUCCAACGACGCAACAAUUUUGUCGUUCUCUCCGGUGCAACCGCUGACUCACUCACUGGGCUCGAGACCCGCCGAGUUCACAGGGGCAUGAGAACAUGCAAGUUUGACGGAGAUAUCCUCACUGAGUUCUGAAGAUCGUUGUCCAUACCGGAGUUUACAGACUGCUUUCGUCUCUGCACCGGGAGAAGAUAUAAGCGGAGCGCAUUGUUCCAGUUAGCAGAUCAGUAAAACUCAUCAUAUCAGCGGGAUUAUGAUCGGUUCUCCCGACCUGUUGGCGUUCACCGGCGCGGAGGGCUUCGGCGAAGCGAGGGAGCGCGCGGGAGAGUUGUCGGGGGUCCCGGAGGAGCUGUCAGUCCCGCUGCUGCCCCUCGCGCACCCCUGGGCCGCCACCUCCUCCGCCCUCUUCCUCCGGGACUUCAUACUGGUGGCAGAGUUCUCUGAACAGGUGGGACCCCAGCCCGUGCUCACCAUCCCAGACGAUCCCAGGAUUCUGGGUGCAUUUGAUUUGAACCACUUCUCCCUCCGGAUCAUGUCCGUGGACUACCAAGCCUGCUCUCCUGGCCCCUCCCCGUCAGGUCCCUCCCCCACAGGCCCCGCCCCCCGCCUCAGCUUCUGUGAGGACUCCCGGGUUGUCAUGGGAGAUUGGGGCAGCUUUGCCUACGUGCAGCACCUGACGCUGUACGACCUGGAGGCCCGGGGCUUCGUCAGGCCCUUCUGCCUGGCCUACGUCUCCGCAGAGCACCGGAAGCUCAUGGAGCACUUCCUGUUGCUGUCGGAGGGGCUAGGCCACGCCUCCGACCGGCUGAAGACAGGAAACAGACGGGCCUUCGCCCGGGAGCUGACCAGGAAGUUGCUGGACCUGGAAUACACACGCUCAGUCCUGCAGAAAGAAUCGGAGGCCCAGUCAGCCAAUGAGCUGGCAGGAAUCGAGCGUUCCAUCCUGGAGCACCGCGACCUCCUGCGGCAGGUCACUUCCUUCCCAAACAGGAAGCUGAAACAGCCUGACUUCCUGCCGUACGACACAUAUGAUCCAGAACCCCACCCACUGACCCCCCCCUCCCCUUCCUACAUGCCCCGGCUGGUGAAGCUCCCCCCCUCGCGGCGUUUUGACCGGCGCAUGAAGCCCCUGGAGGAGCUGAGCGAUGCCUACUUCCUGUCUCUCACACUGGAGCAGCUGACCGCUGUGGAGCGCCGUCUCCGUGGCGACCUGCCCUCGCUGUUCACGCACCGCAUCACGCAGGCGCUGACCAGGAAGUACCCCCUGAACAACUUCCUGUUCGAGCCCUGGAACCCCGAGGAGGGGGAGGAGCUGCAGGGCAGAGAUGGAGGAAGUAGUGGGGAGGGACUUCCUGUGCCAGAAUGCGAGGGCCAGGGUCCCCCAGCCAGCUUGGAGUCUUUCUUCUCCUGCGUGGAGGAGCUGUCAAUCAAACUGGAGAUAGGAAGUAUGGGGGCGGGACAGGGCGUGGAGGAGGAGGAGGCUGGAGAGACGAUGGCGGGGAGUGUGAGCAGCGGUGACAGCAUUGAGGUUCUGGGAACAGAGAAGUCCUACCGCUCUCAGCCUGUCGCCAUGGACACUGGAGAACUGAGAGAGUUGCUGGGCGGCGAGGGGCGGCGUGUGGAGGCGGGGCCAGGGCAUGUGGAGGCGGGACCAGGGCGUGUGGAGGCUGGGCCAGGGCGUGUGGAGGCGGGGCCAGGGCGUGUGGAGGCGGGGCCAGGGCGUGUGGAGGCGGGGCGUGUGCGUGUAGAGGCUGGGCCAGGGCGUGUAGAGGCUGGGCCAGGGCGUGUGGAGGCGGGACCAGGGCGUGUGGAGGCUGGGCCAGGGCGUGUGGAGGCGGGGCCAGGGCGUGUGGAGGCGGGGCCAGGGCGUGUGGAGGCGGGGCGUGUGCGUGCGCCAGCGCGGCGCUCUAACAGUGAGGACAGCAUCGAGGUGCUCAGCACCACCCUCAUCCCCGACGACCUGGCCGCCAUCACCGAGGAGACGGAGGAGAGCCCUGGAAACGCUGCCAUGGAGGAGCACUGCACCCUGGCUCAGGAGGAGACCCACCAGCAGCCUGAGGGUUGCCGUGUCAACGGUCAGCAGCUGGUCCCGAAGCUCCGUCUGAACCUGACUCCGGCCGUGACCCCGGGGGCCGUGACCCCGGGGGCCGUGACCCCGGGGGCCGUGACCCCGGGGUCACGGCCCCCGGGGUCACGGCCCCCGGGGUCACGGCCCCCGGGGGCCCUCCCCCUGACUUCUCUGGAGCACUGGUCGCUGUCCUGCCCAGCAGACAAAGCAAUCGACUGCUCCUCCUCACCCUGCUCCUCCGAGGCCCCCUCCCUCUCCUCCCGUCACCACGGCAACGCCCACCAGCGCAGGAGGAGGGCGGGGCUGCGUGCGCUCAGGUUCCUUCACCAGAACUCAUUCUCCCAGCAUGCCGUGUUCUGCCUGCUCAGCGGGAGGCCGCUGCUGGUGAUUGGUGGAGAGGAGCGUUCCGUCCAGAGAACGGUCGGCGCCCUCGCCCUCUACCUGCCCGACCCCGGUCGCCCCAGCAGCAUCGUGCAGCCCUGCCUUGGCCGGCCCCUCAGCCUGGACGACCUGCUCACCUGUAGGCUCAUCGGCAUCGUCAGAUCUCCUGGAACUCUGUUUCCCAGCAUGCACCCCUCUGUGGAUCAUUACGGUCGCUACGUGGCUCUCCUGGACCUGGACCACAGGACCCUGCGCUGCCCUCCCUACAGUGGCUCUCUGAUUGGCCGGCUUGCUGACCCCCGCUCUCUGAUUGGGCGAGGCAGCACCUACCUGCUGCACCUGGAGAGCUGCCUCACGGCGUUGGCCAAUCAGGCGUUUGUAUACACUUUCAGCCCCGCCCUCCAACGUCCCAGCAUGCUCGGCGAGGAGGAAGUGGUCCAGGCUGAGCGUCGGCAUCACUUCCUGUGUGGGCGGGGCUGCAGCAGCCAGGAUGACCUUAAGGUGAUGGACUUCCUUUCUGACCUCAUCAAACAGCGCCAGACAGGAAGUGGGCCUCCGGUCCUCCGCUUCUCUUACAGCCCCGCCCUUCUCCAUAAGAACACAGCCGGGUAGAACUGCAAACACAGUACCUGAACCAUAAUGUAACCAUAGCAAUGCAGAACCUUGGUACUGUAACCACAGCAACAAAAAACUGGGAGUUGAUACUGUACAAUCUUCAUCUGGACAAGAUCUAGAUUCUGAAUGUAUGUCAUGUUCUAUUCUGGAUAUAGCAGGCUGCUGAUAACUGCACUGAGUAUUAAAGAGUAAUUCUGUCUGAA